AUGGAGGUGGCAGCACUUACCCAGCUCUGCAGCUGGGUCUUGCUGACAAGUGGCAGCCCUUGGAGGCAUCACGCAGACGUGCCCGUAGCUCAAGGCUCUCCAGCUUCCCAGAUGGACUCCAGGACUGAGGCUCUGGCAGAUGGCAUGGAUGUGCCCUCGCAGACGAAGCUUCUGGAGCCCAGCCAGGACCGGCGUCCACUGCAGCCCGGUUGGCUUGUCAGGGGGCCCCCGGGAGCAGCUCUCCCAGCUGAGGCAGGGAAGCCUUCCAUAAAGGCUGAGAAAGCGCUCAGGAAGCUGCUGCAGAGAGUGCACUGGCAAGCAGAUGAGGCUGGAGGACUCCCCACUUCUGCACCUGAUGAGCUGGAUCUUGGGGUGGAGACAGAGCCCACGGAGCAUGUGUCCACAGAGCCUUCCAUACCGCUCGAAAGGCUCAAGGAACUACUGGAGGAGCUGCAGAGAGGACGAGGUCUGGCCGACGAGAGGACGGCAGAUGCGGGCAGUGACAAGACGCCCCACAGGACAGAGUGUCCCCAACAGGUGCUGCACGACUGCAUGGUCGCCAUGGCUUCCAUCGCGGUCGCCGUGCCUGCCACCCUCCUGGUGUGCUACCUGGUGCUGAUGCGCCGCAGGAAGACACGAAAGGAAGCGAAAGCUGCGGCAGCAGCAGAGCAGGACCAGCUGAGAAGCCGCGACCAGCCCGGCAGCCCGAGCCAAAGGCAGGCACCGCAGCUGCACUCUGCGCCCGCACCGCAGCCCCCGAAUUCUCCGUCCUUCCGCAGCCCGCUCCUGCCGACCGCGCAGCCGGACGAGCAGCCUCAGAGUGCCCUCCGGCAGCCGCCGGACCCCUAUGCCGAUCGGACCCCACCAGCACGGCCGAGAUCGGCUGAGUUCCCGCCGCUCUCGCCCCCUGCCUCCCGCGACCCGACCUCCAAACCCCUUCCACCUCCUCCACGUCCCCCACGUCCCCCACCCCCUCCACCUCCCCUCCGCAGACUGUAACCGACCCUCAGGCUCCCCUUCCCGUUGUAAUAGGUAAUUGUAAUUGUUUAAUCAAGAAACAUUUUAGUAGUGUUAAGUAUGC